GACCUGUAAGACUGUCUCAGUAAGACACAAUCAUUUAAUGGAGUGCAUUGAGAACUAAUUAUGAUGGAUUAAUGGUUACAAAUGAGUUGGGCAGCAAAGGUUUUGGGAGACAGUUGGUUGGGUGGUGUCAUCUGUCCCAUCAAGGCAUAGGUUGCAGGUAGGUGUGUUGUUCGAAGGGUUAAUGUAUUUUUUUGUGUGAAACAGGCAAUUUAAUAGUCAGGCACCUUCAACAAAGACACUUUGAAGUAUAAGUAAAAGUUUAUUAUUACAAGAGGCUGCAGCAUACUGUGGUUGUGCAGUUAGUGUUCUUUUCCGCAUUCUCUUGCUCCUUAAUAUAUUCUAGAUAUUUGCCCAAUGGCAUGCUUGUUAGAAACCCCUUAUGUGUCAAAGUCAGAGUUUUUUUUUUUUUUUUCCAAACAAGAGUGGAACUCUAAAUAAACUUGAGCCACCUGUGGAAAAAUGUUAAAAUUAACUGCUUGUAGUGUUAAAAAGCCAAACUGAACAUCCAAUGACAUUUCAGCUAUUUUAGUAUAUUUAAACCUAUGGCCUGUGGGUGCUCGUACUGUUACAAAUUAGCAAGGAGUUUAGGAAGUAUAGAACAUGUUUAAACAGGCUGCACAAUCUCAAAAUGGCAGCAUUCAGGAUCAGAUUAUAGGAGGGAAUUGAUUCUGGAUCAGGCAAAACAUCUUGCAUGUAGUCCCAGAUAGAGGAAGCUUUACAAAACUGUUGUGUAAAUAUAUUUCUAUUUUAUUAACAUAAAAUAGAGAUAUAUCUAUUGAAGAAUCUGUGUACCAAGAUUCCACAGGCCCAUACUAACUGUCCUUAAUUUCUCUCCUACAGCAGUACUGCUAUGCCAGUCCUGUCUGCACUCUCUUAAGGGUGCAGCAACUCGUCCUGUGUAGGUUAUGGUCAACAAAAAGAAGCGUGUUUAUCAGAUAAAUCAAGACCAUAGUUGGUAGUUUUGCUUUGGUGUGAGGCCAGAGGGCCUUUAAGGGGAAUGGUUUCACAAAACCUUUUUUUUUCCUUUACUUUUAUGAAGUUUUGUCAUUUUUAAAGCCUCAUCAAGGACAGUUUUCUCAACUUCAUGUCCUCCCUUCUCAUUUCAACUUUAAAAAAAACAAAAACAAUUCAUCAUAGCUUAUUUUUUUAAGGAAACCAGAUGCACAAUUAUGCACACAAGUGUGCAUUUUAAAUCCUUAAUUUGUUUGAUUUUUUUUUUUUUUUUAAAGAUUUUAUUAGAAUUCCCCAAAGUGUUCAGUGUCUCUGGCUGCAACACGUAUUGUACAAUAAAUUAUUUAAGAAGUCGGUUUUUUUGGAAUACAAGGUUUUUUUUUUCCCUUUUUUGUUUAUAAAUGAGUAACAAAAACAGAACAGGUGGUAUGCAAUUGUGUGUGUGAGUUCAAACCCUUUUCCAAAGUGUUACUAAUGGUAAAGAGAAAUUUUCUAGGCUUCUUUUCUGCCGGUUGAAGUCUGACUGCAGAGGGACCCUUGGCACUGAAAGUGGGGCAAAACGCCGGACCCCAAGAUGCAGGUCAGGACGUACAUGGAUGUUAUGAAGGAGCAGCAUCUGUCCAAAGAAGAGAGAGAGAUCAGGCUGCAGAUGGUAGAGAAAGCAAAAUCUGGAGAUCUGAAAGCAGUGAACGGCUCUGCUGCUGCUCAGGCUGCUGUGGCCAAACGCAAACGUCGCUGGGACCAGACAGCUGACCAAACCCCCAGCAACUCCACACCCAAAAAAAUGUCCAGUUGGGACCAGGCAGAUGGGUCUUCUGAGACACCUGGACAUACACCAGGACAUACGCCUUCCAACAGUCGUUGGGACGAGACACCUGGCCGUGCCAAAGGUAGUGAGACCCCAGGAGCCACCCCAAGCACCCGUAUGUGGGAGCCCACACCGAGUCACACGCCAGCCGGAGCUGCCACACCUGGUCGAGACACUCCCGGACAUGCUACUCCUGGACAUGGAGGCGCCUCUUCCAGCGUGCGCAAGAACCGCUGGGAUGAGACACCAAAGACAGAGAGAGAGACACCUGGUCAUGGCAGUGGCUGGGCUGAGACUCCUCGUACAGAUAGAGGAGAUGAGUCAGUGGGUGAGACGCCCACCCCGGGUGCAAGCAAAAGGAAGUCGAGAUGGGAUGAAACACCAGCCAGUCAGAUGGGCUCUUCAACUCCUUUGCUAACCCCUGGAAAAACGCCUCUGGGAACACCUGCCAUGAAUAUGGCCACACCCACUCCAGGUCACCUAAUGAGCAUGACCCCAGAACAGCUGCAGGCUUGGCGCUGGGAGCGAGAGAUUGAUGAGAGGAACCGCCCAUUGACUGAUGAUGAACUUGAUGCCAUGUUUCCAGAAGGAUACAAAGUAUUGCCCCCACCAGCAGGCUAUGUGCCCAUCCGCACCCCUGCACGCAAGUUAGCCGCCACUCCCACCCCCAUCGGAGGAAUGACUGGCUUCCACAUGCAAACGGAGGACAGAUCUAUGAAACAAGUCAAUGACCAGCCCUCUGGAAACCUGCCUUUCCUCAAGCCAGAUGACAUCCAGUACUUUGACAAACUUUUGGUUGAAGUUGAUGAGUCCACCCUCAGUCCAGAAGAACAGAAGGAGCGCAAGAUCAUGAAGCUUCUUCUGAAGAUCAAGAAUGGCACACCUCCCAUGAGAAAGGCUGCUCUUCGUCAAAUCACAGAUAAGGCCAGAGAGUUUGGUGCAGGACCCCUAUUUAACCAGAUCCUGCCACUGCUGAUGUCCCCUACACUGGAGGACCAAGAGCGUCAUCUCUUGGUGAAAGUCAUUGAUCGUAUUCUCUACAAACUUGACGACUUGGUUCGACCAUAUGUCCACAAGAUUCUUGUGGUGAUUGAGCCUUUGCUGAUUGAUGAAGAUUACUAUGCUAGAGUAGAGGGUAGAGAGAUCAUUUCCAACUUGGCAAAGGCUGCCGGUCUGGCCACCAUGAUCUCCACCAUGAGGCCUGACAUUGACAACAUGGACGAGUAUGUGAGAAAUACGACAGCUCGUGCUUUUGCCGUCGUGGCGUCUGCCCUGGGCAUUCCAUCUCUCCUGCCUUUCCUCAAGGCUGUUUGCAAGAGUAAGAAAUCCUGGCAGGCUCGUCACACAGGCAUCAAGAUCGUACAGCAGAUUGCUAUUCUCAUGGGCUGUGCUAUCCUGCCCCAUCUCCGAAGCUUGGUGGAGAUUAUCGAGCAUGGUCUCGUGGAUGAGCAGCAGAAAGUGCGAACCAUCAGUGCUCUGGCUAUCGCUGCCCUGGCUGAAGCUGCUACGCCAUACGGUAUCGAGUCAUUUGAUUCUGUGCUGAAACCUCUUUGGAAAGGUAUCAGGCAACACAGAGGCAAGGGUCUUGCUGCCUUCUUGAAAGCUAUUGGAUACUUGAUUCCUCUUAUGGAUGCUGAAUAUGCCAACUAUUACACCAGAGAAGUGAUGCUUAUCCUCAUCCGAGAGUUCCAGUCUCCUGACGAGGAGAUGAAGAAGAUUGUCCUCAAGGUGGUGAAGCAGUGCUGUGGCACUGAUGGUGUGGAAGCCAAUUACAUUAAAACAGAGAUCUUGCCCCCAUUCUUUAAACAUUUCUGGCAGCACCGAAUGGCGUUGGAUAGGCGCAACUACAGACAGUUAGUGGACACUACAGUGGAGCUGGCCAAUAAGGUAGGCGCAGCUGAGAUUAUCUCCCGUAUCGUGGAUGACUUGAAGGAUGAAGCUGAGCAGUACAGAAAGAUGGUGAUGGAAACUAUUGAGAAAAUCAUGGGCAACCUUGGUGCUGCUGACAUCGAUCACAAACUGGAGGAGCAGCUUAUUGAUGGUAUCCUGUACGCCUUUCAAGAACAGACCACUGAGGACUCUGUGAUGCUGAAUGGCUUCGGUACAGUGGUGAAUGCUCUGGGUAAGAGAGUUAAACCAUACUUGCCUCAGAUCUGCGGUACAGUGCUGUGGCGUCUCAACAACAAAUCCGCAAAGGUCCGUCAACAGGCUGCUGACCUAAUUUCUCGCACAGCGGUGGUCAUGAAGACUUGCCAAGAGGAAAAGCUCAUGGGCCAUUUGGGUGUGGUGUUGUAUGAGUAUCUGGGAGAAGAAUACCCAGAAGUGUUGGGUAGCAUUCUUGGAGCACUUAAAGCUAUCGUCAAUGUCAUUGGUAUGCACAAGAUGACCCCACCUAUCAAAGACCUGCUUCCACGUUUGACUCCCAUCUUGAAGAACAGACAUGAGAAGGUGCAGGAGAACUGUAUUGAUCUAGUGGGCAGAAUCGCUGACAGGGGUGCGGAGUAUGUGUCUGCCAGGGAAUGGAUGCGUAUCUGUUUUGAAUUGUUGGAGUUGUUGAAAGCCCACAAGAAGGCCAUUCGUAGAGCUACUGUCAACACAUUCGGCUACAUCGCCAAGGCCAUUGGUCCUCAUGAUGUGCUGGCCACGCUGCUCAACAAUCUGAAGGUGCAGGAGCGUCAGAACCGUGUGUGCACAACGGUAGCCAUCGCUAUCGUGGCUGAGACGUGUUCGCCAUUCACCGUGCUUCCUGCAUUGAUGAACGAGUACCGUGUUCCUGAGCUUAAUGUUCAGAACGGUGUCCUGAAGUCUCUGUCUUUCCUGUUUGAGUACAUUGGUGAAAUGGGCAAGGAUUAUAUCUAUGCUGUCACACCUCUGUUGGAGGACGCUUUGAUGGAUAGGGAUCUCGUACACAGGCAAACAGCCAGUGCUGUGGUGCAGCAUAUGUCUCUUGGAGUGUAUGGCUUUGGCUGUGAAGAUUCUCUCAAUCAUUUGCUCAACUAUGUUUGGCCCAAUGUCUUCGAAACGUCUCCGCAUGUCAUCCAAGCUGUAAUGGGGGCCCUCGAAGGUCUGCGGGUGGCGAUUGGACCCUGCCGCAUGCUGCAGUAUUGCUUACAGGGUUUGUUCCAUCCUGCUCGUAAAGUGCGUGAUGUAUAUUGGAAGAUCUACAACUCCAUCUAUAUCGGCUCCCAGGACGCACUGAUCGCACAUUAUCCUCUUGUCUUCAACGACGAGAAGAACUCGUUUGUUCGCUACGAGCUGGAUUACUUCAUGUGAAUGUCUACCCUUACAUGUGCACUCUCUCUCUCUCCUCCUAUAUCUGUCUAGUUCAUGGUUUAUAGGACUUGGUCCAUUUUUUUAUGUUCUCUGGUAGAUUGAAACCAGUACCACAGAUUACGUGGUCUAAAAUUUAUUUCUUAUUAAAGAACAGAAAAAUGUCGAAAAAAAAAAUCUGUUAAAUGUGUCGCUUUUAGAUCUUUGGAUUAGACGUUUCUGUUUUUACGGCGUGGCAGCAAGCACAGUGACAGUAAACGUAGUAGCAGAGUUUCUGAGGAAUGUGAUUCAUGUCUUUUAACUUGAGACUUGUGCUGGUCUGUCAAGUUCAUUCUUGCUCAGUCACAUCUGUUCUUAUUAUAAUGUUGCUUAGUUUGGCUGAAUAAACGUUUGUGUAUUAAAAGUGA